CUCCCUGAGCUGCACGGUUGGAAGGUGAGCGUGUCCCUGCUGAUCUGAGCUCUGCAGGCCACAGGGACCCACGUCUUCCUGAAGCAUCUCCAGAGCCCGGAUGACACUGUCCAUGGUGAGGACCACAGAGAGGUGCUGAUGGACGGGCUGAGGAGGAAGGAGACCCCAUGGGGGAGGCUCUGACAGGGAAGGACGCGCCCUGGGUCACCUCACCUGAAAGGGGCGUCUCAGGAGGCUCUGGGUCUAUUUCCUGCUUCACCAUGGAAACCAGAUGUGGGCCUCUGGAAAAUGAAUGUUUCCCUUUCUGUGGGGCUGCUGAGGUGAGAACCCUGGGACAGCGAGGACCAGCCCCGAGGGGCCACACCCUGUGUGUCUGUCUGUUCAGAGGACACUGUGGCCUCCAGCAUCUGCACAGCGGGAUGCAAAGAGAGGAGACGCCAUGACUCCCACCCUCACAGCCUUGCUCUGCCUCGGGCUGAGUGUGGGCCUCAGGACCCCAGUGCAGGCAGGGGCCAUCCCCAAACCCACCAUCAGGGCUGAGCCAGGCCCUAUGAUCCCCUUGGGGAGCCCCGUGACCAUCUGGUGUCAGGGGACCCCAGGGGCUGCGGAGUACCUCCUGUAUAAAGAGGGAAGACCACAACCAUGGAAAAGACAGGAGCUACUGGAGCUGGGGGACAGUGCCAAGUUCUUCAUCACAUACAUGACAGAGCAUGAUGCUGGGAGAUAUCGCUGUUACUAUCGCAGCCCUGCUGGCUGGUCAGAGCCCAGUGACCCCCUGGAGCUCCUGGUCCCAGGUGAGUCUAGGAAGCCCUCCCUCCUGAGCCAGCAGGGCCCCAUCGUGGCCUCUGGAUCGAGCCUGACCCUCCAGUGUCGCUCUGAUGUCGGCUAUGACAGAUUCGCUCUGUCAAGCUCCCACGGGGGCCGGUACAGAUGCUACAGUGGAUACAACCUCUCCUCUGAAUGGUCGGCCCCGAGUGACCUACUGGACAUCUUGGUGGCAA